AUGAGUCUAGAGCAUGAGGAGAAAUAUCUGGAAAUAAUUGGAAAUAAUGAUCAUUGGGCUCUCUACAAGUUUUUCCUGCUCUUUCCAGGUGUUGGCCAGCUUAUAUCUCUGCUCCUGGUUGGAGAUACUAUCGAGUGCAAUCUGUUACCUCCUGUCGAGGCUGAGGUCUGGGGAGCAGUUAUUGCUGAAGUCAACUCAGGAGGAAAGUGUGGUCUGGUUCAACUGGAGCUCAUCAACAAAGACUCUGCAAAAAAAGCAGACAUACAGCUUGCAUUUGCAGAACUCUUCAACUACAUCUCAGACAAAAUGCCUUGGCAGACUCAGUAA